AUGAAAAACCUUUUUAAAAGAUAAGGAAAUGGACGAUGCCCAGAGAGAUCAAAGAUAUUAAAAUGGCAGAAGCUCAACUGAAGCACCACCAAUUCCACCACCACACAACCACCGUAAGCGGCGGAGCGCCACCGCGGCGGUCCGCAAGAGUGAGAGCAGUAAUGGGAGGCGGCAGGGCGGCGGAGCUGAUAAAAUCAGGAGCGGUGAGUGCAAUAGCCCCAAAAGAAGCGGCGUCGGCAAUGGCGUCGGAGGGAUACAGGCUGCUGGACGUCAGGCCGGAGUGGGAGUGGGAGAAGGCACGUGUCUCGGGGUCUCUGCACGUGCCGCUGUUCGUGGAGGAUAAAGACAAGGGAGCCAUAACGUUGUUAAAGAAGUGGGUUCAUUUUGGGUACAUUGGGCUUUGGACAGGGCAGCAGUUCACGAUGAUGAACCCUGCCUUUGUGGACGAGGUUGCAAGAAUGGCUCCUGAUAAGGAUUCCAAGCUGCUGCUCGCCUGUGGGGAAGGCCUCAGGUCAUUGGUGGGGGUGGCGAAGCUGUACGAGGUUGGGUACAGGAAGCUGGGGUGGUUGGCGGGAGGGUUUGGGAGGGCAAGUGAUGGCGAUUUUGGUGGUGCUGUUGAAGGGACUGAGAAAUUGCAGUAUGCUACUGUUGGAGGCGCGUCUUAUUACAUGCUUAAAUUGCUCCUUCUCUUGCGAGUUGUGGGCGACAAAUCUUAGAAUCUUGUUCAACAUUCAGACACUUCAAUUUUAUGAACUAAUCGCACAUGUAAACACACCUGCCUAUAAAUAUAUUUCACACAACAUUGCUUUGUCAGUGAUAUAUGAUUGUUCUACG